AUGGCGACGGACUUUGUGGAGCUCUUGCUGCCGAACGUGCGGUCCAUGGAGGGGGGCGAGGAGCAGGUGGUGGCGGCCCUGGAGCUGCUGCACUCGGACAUCGGCCAGGGCGUCAAAGAUCCUGAAGGCCCUGUGGAAGAGAAGGAGGUGAAGGAAGAG